AUGGCAUUUGGUUUUGUUUUUCUAGGCUUUCAGGUGGAAAAUCAUGAAAUAUAUUUCUGUUUAGUUUUCAGACAUUGGCUGUACCAGAUGUCCCGUUGGAAGAGACACCGAAGGAAAAUAGUUCCGCUGAUCUUCGGUGAAAACGUGCCAGACAACUUCCGAUGGAUUUUCGGGAAGACAAUUCGUCCAAAGAAAUUUCUUUCAGAAACACCCUGCCAAGCCCAACACCAAUAA